AUGGAAGAGGAGGUCGAGGGGUCGAAGAAAAAAGGACUGAGUGCUGAAGAAAAGAGAGCCCGGAUGAUGGAAAUCUUUUUUGAGACAAAAGAUGUAUUCCAGUUAAAAGACAUGGAGAAGAUCGCUCCGAAAGAGAAGGGCAUCACGGCCAUGUCCGUGAAGGAAGUCCUUCAGAGCCUGGUCGAUGACGGCAUGGUUGACUGCGAGAGGAUCGGGACUUCCAAUUACUACUGGGCUUUCCCGAGCAAGGCUCUGCAUGCCAGGAAACGUAAACUGGAGCUUCUGGAAUCACAGUUUUCUGAAGGAAGCCAAAAACACGAACACCUACAGAAGAGCAUUGAUAAAGCUAAAAUCGGCCGCCAUGAGACGGUGUCACGCUAGCUAAAGAGCUUUCCUCACUGCGGAGCCAAAGGGAACAGCUAAAGGCAGAAGUGGAAAAAUACAAAGAAUGCGACCCGCAAGUUGUGGAAGAAAUCCGUCAAGCAAAUAAAGUAGCCAAAGAAGCUGCUAACAGAUGGACUGAUAACAUAUUUUCCAUAAAAUCUUGGGCCAAAAGAAAAUUCGGGCUUGAAGAAAAUAAAAUUGAUAAAAAUUUUGGCAUUCCAGAAGACUUCGACUACAUAGACUAAAACUUCGGCGGCCGUGAAGAACCCACGAGCUUGUGCACAUGUGCGUUUGCAAUAUUAGCCAGCUAGUUCUCUGAAUUCUCACUCACCUUGUGUUCAUCAUUUUAUUAAUUUUAAUAAAGUAAGAAAUUGUCCUUUGUGGUCAAUCAAAAGCAGGAUGGCAGCCGUCUUCGUCCCCUCGUGUCGCUGUAACGGUACCACAGGUGACUCGCUUAUCAAGGACAGGUUUGUUCUUAGAGUUCUGAAAACCAGGAAGGCCAAGGGCAGGGGCCCCGCAUGUGGCGAGGGCCUUCCCGCUGCAUCACGUCGUGGGCGAAGAGGGAAGAUGAGAGGGGGUAGAAACCACCCCCGCGGUAACGGCCCGACCACCUCUCCACGCUGGCGUUGGGGAUGAAGUGUCCACCCGUGAACUUCGGGGGACACAGUCAAACCACCGCAGCAACGAGCUUCCCAAAGCGCUCGUCCGACUAGGUCGGUAUAAGUGAAGUCAGCCACCUCGGUCAAGCUGCAAGCCAUGACUUCAUAACGUUUUUCAGUUUUAUUCAGAUACUAAGUGCCAAGAAUGUGUUUGAAAGCUCUGUCAUACACAUACACACGUGUUCCGGACCCAGUGGCUUAAAAC